AAAGGCUGUGCUAGAAUUCAAUUCAGAAUUGAUUGGUGGCUUUUAUUUUUACUUUUGAGUUCAAUCGUUGUCUUCCUAAUCGAUUUGACACUUAAAAGAGCACAAAAUUUCAUAAAAUAAUUAAAGCGUGUUUGUCCGUCUUAUAUAAAGAUUAAUUUGACUAUAUAUUUAUUUUUAUUAGUUACAGCAUUUACCACCCAGGGUUUUAUAUAUUUUGGGUUGUAUAACAGGCUUAUUUAGGGAUAAUUUGUUUGAAAUCCACAUGAACAGUAUACGCCUUUUCUAGUGAGCCCUACAGGUAAAAACAUUUUUGCUCAUUUUUAUAACUUGGACAAAUCAUGUGAUCAAUUUUUGAUUAACAAAACAGGUAAAUUCGCACAAAAAGAUGACGAAAAAUCGAUAAGCUUAUCUGCAAACCAAAUUAAGAUGUAAGCUCUACUUGGAAUCUUAUCAUUAUUAUACAUUCCAUCGAACUCGAACUCGCCCAAAAACUAUCUUUUUUUCUGAUAUAAAAAUUUGCUUGGCUUGCUGGUCUACGUUUUUCUCGCACUUAUUCAUUCAUUCAUAGCACACAAUUUUUUUUAUUGUCCUCAAAUUGUGACUGCAAUUUGAUUGUGCAUAUAUCUUGAGACUAGUCUAGCCUAAACAGUUUUUACUCUAAUCAAACAAUUCUUUCGUUCCAGUUUAUUACCUCCAGUUCAAUAAAAAUAAAUUACCUCUUUUCCUUUUAUCUUUUAAUUCCCAUAUAAAUAGUUCCGAAGCCGUUAUAAACAUUAUAUCAGAAAACGAUUGCGUCAAAAACAUGUCACUCUUGAACUUGACAAGUUUAAAUUCCAUUGCCUUGCAGCAAGAAGCACCGUCAACUUUUUACGACUCUGAUAUGCUUCAAAGUUCGAGCCCCCAAUUUUAUUCGGAAAAUGUCUCAGAUUCCGAAACACUUUCGUUGGCGGACAAAAUUUACAACAUCAGUCUGGCGAUGGUGUUGUUUGUGAUCAGCAUAGUAACCCUUCUGGGAAACGUGAUCACAAUUCUGGCGGUGAAAACAGUUCAUAAUCUGAGAAGCAAGACCAACUAUCUUAUAGUCUCACUCGCAUGUGCUGAUCUCAUGGUCGGUCUGUUUGUUGCACCAAUAGGAGCAUUUGUCCAUCUACUGCAUGGGAGGUGGAUAUUUGGCUACUGGGUAUGUCACAUCUGGCACGCCGUAGACGUCCUGGCAAGUACCGCCAGUAUCAUGAACCUAACAGCCAUAAGUCUGGAUCGAUUCGUGGCCAUCAGAAGGUCCAUGCAGUAUUCCACAAUCGUCACGCACAAAACCUGUCUAGCAGCUAUACUAAUCGUCUGGAUUCUUUCCGCUCUUAUUUCGUUUCCAGCUAUUGCCAUCUGGCAUUUCAGCUUGAAGCAAGCGGGGGCUAAUUCGUUUGAGAAAUGUGAGUUCACAAAUAACAGAGUUUACAGAGUAACUUCGUCCCUAAUUUCUUUCUACUUGCCGCUGUGUUUGAUGACUUUUGCGUAUACAAGUGUGUAUCUGAAAGCGCAAAAACAACUCAGAAUUCUGGCAUCUGGAACUAUUCUGCUCAAAACGAAUUCAAAUGGAAAUUCCAAAAACGAGAACAAGAAAAAACAAAGCAAAAGCGCAGUCGAGUCCGAAAACAACGAAGCUGUCGCGACAUUACGAGUGCAUCGCGGUGGCGGGGCAAACCGAUUUCCGGCAACAAAUCACUCAAUGGUAUCGACAUGUGCUUCAUCAAGAAACGGAGAUGGGAAGCUUAACGACCUUAAAAAAUGCCCAAAAAAACCGAAAUCUUCCCACGGGUCUCAGGUGAACUUGAAAGAAACCUCAAAAUCAAGCAAACUUGGGGUAUUUUUAAGCGAGCGAAAAGCAACCAAGACACUUGGAAUCGUUUUUGGAGUUUUUAUUUUAUGUUGGCUGCCAUUUUUUACUCUAAACGUGGUGCAAGCUUGCACCAACCGAAACUUCACUUACGAGCGUGAAAUGUUUGACUUUUUCACGUUGUUGGGAUAUGCAAAUUCGUGUCUGAACCCGUUGAUUUAUGCCGCUACUAAUAUGAGAUUAAGGAAGGCUUUCUUACAAGUUAUAACGAGAAAAUUGGACUACAAUUAACUGUUACCAGCCAUUAACUGUUCUAACUAUCGCUCCCUAUUGUUAAAAAACACGAAACUAAAUUUUAAUAAC